UUUAAAGUAAUUGAUUAGGUUAAUGUAUUAGGCUUUCCCAUGAGAACUGACCAACUUAUGGAGGCUUGAAUUGAAGCUGGGAGAAUGCAUCUACAAUUAACUAGUCGUAAGGUGGAGUAAGAGUGUGCAAUCAUGGCGGACCCAUUGAGCUUGCUACGGCAAUAUAACGUGAACAAGAAGGAAAUUAUAGAACGUGAAAAUCAGAUUAUUUUUGGGGAGUUUUCUUGGCCGAAAAAUGUGAAGACCAAUUACUUGACAUACGGAUCUGGCAAGGAAGGAACUCCGAAGGAGUAUUAUACCCUAGAGUGCUUGCUAUUUUUACUGAAACAUGUACAGCUCACACAUCCUGUAUAUGUACGUCAGGCAGCUGCGGAGAAUAUCCCUGUGGUGCGCAGACCUGACAGAAAAGAUUUACUGGCUUAUCUUAAUGGAGAAACGGCUACAUCAGCCGCCAUAGAUAAAUCUGCACCCUUGGAGAUUCCUACUCAGGUGAAGAGAGCCGCUGAAGAUGGACUUGAAAGUGGUUCUUCAAAGAAGCCUCGUUUCGAGGAGACUCAUGUACAGAAAGUUAAGGAACAGCUUGCAGCUCGGUUGGAUGCCCCCAAGGAAGCAUCUGUAACAGUGGAUAACAUCAAGUCUCUCUCAGAGGCGAUGUCAGUCGAGAAGAUUGCAGCCAUCAAAGCUAAACGUCUGGCCAAAAAACGCACAACCAUAAAAGAGAACGAUGACAUUGGAAUGGGGUCUGAUUUGCGCGUAAUCCUGAUGGAUGUCGAUGACACGAAGGACAUAGUCUCCAGGGAGAGGCAGUGGAGAACACGCGCGACCAUUCUGCAGAGCAGCGGGAAAAUAUUCGCGAAAAAUAUAUUCGCGAUUCUUCAAAGCAUCAAAGCUCGAGAAGAAGGCAGACAGAAAGGUCCUGCAGCUCCUACGCCUAUGGUCACCCCUAGGUCGACCCCGAUGCGUCCUCUGCCUCAGCCAGCCGUGUACAAUCGUUACGAUCAGGAAAGGUUCAUCAGGCAGAAAGAGGAAACCGAAGGGUUCAAAAUCGACACAAUGGGUACUUAUCACGGCAUGACCUUGAAGUCCGUGACAGAGGGCACAAACCCAGCAGUCAGGAAACCACCUGCGAAUCCUUCCACCGCUCCCAGUUCUGGUUUGCUACCCACUUCCGCUGCUAAGCUAACUCCACAGCAAGCAGCACAGAACAAACGACCUAGCAGGACGCCCAUUAUCAUCAUUCCUAGCGCGAACACGUCGCUGAUAACGAUGUACAACUCGAAGGAUAUACUCCAAGACCUGAAGUACGUCAGCAACGAGGAAAAACGUGCGCAGGGUUCCAAGAGGGAAAACGAGGUCCUUCUGCAACGUCGCAAAGAGGGGGGACUCACCGUGCCAUACAGGGUCGUCGAUAACCCGCAGAAACUUACCAACGCCGACUGGGAAAGGGUGGUAGCCGUCUUCGUGAUGGGUCCAGCUUGGCAAUUCAAGGGUUGGCCCUUCGAUGGCAAUCCCGUCGAAAUUUUUUCAAAAAUCUGCGCGUUUCAUUUGAAGUACGACGAGAUGAGGCUGGAUGCUAACGUGGCUAGAUGGGCUGUGACUGUAAUCGAACUGAGCAGGACGAAAAGGCAUUUGGACAGGGCUGCAUUGAUGGUGUUCUGGGAACACUUGGACAAACAUAUGAUCAAGAACAAGCCGCACCUACGAUUCUGAAUCGACUUACGUCGCGAGCAACGACGAGGACUUCCAGGCGCAAUACUUUCGUUUCGUAACAACCGAUAUGUGUACAUACGAAUGAUCGGAAUCUUGUACAUAAUUUCUUUCGCAACGAGGACGAAGGAAAGACGAGACUACUUCCUGUGUAGUUGCAUACCGACAGUAUGCAAAGAUUGAUAUCCGACGUAGUGACGCCACAUUUACAAUUGUUUCUUUCAACGCGGAACUGACGUGCCUAUUGUUCAGCGGACUAGUUAUAUUGUUGAAACUAUAACGUAGGAAAGAGACAGAGAGAGAGAGAGGGAGAGAGCUAGAAUGAUUUUUGGUAUAUUCAUAUUGCAUUGCGUACCAAAAGUGUUGUUAUUCGAAGAUCUUUAUGAAAGAACCAAAAAUAAAGAAGAACAACUAAUUCGUGUAA